AGCACUGUUCCGCCAUAUUGAAAUACCCGUUAGGAUUUUAUUGGCGUGGCUUUAUUUUUAAGUUUAUAAUACAUAGUUUAAUAUAAUGGACUGGUCGCUGAUCAUAUCGAUUUUGCUCAACUGCCUCUACGCGUGCGCCUCUGCGCUCGACGAGGAUUGCCCCACAUUGGACGAUGGGGAUAGCUUGUCGCAGACACAGCUGCUGGACCGCUUAACCCAUGGCUGCCGGUACGAUCGCCUGGAGCGACCCAUAACUUAUUCGGAAACUGGCCAGAGGCUGCCGGUGGACGUCUAUAUGCGGGCCUACAUAUACUUCAUGCAGAACCUGGAGGCACACGAUCUGCAGUUCAAGAUCUAUGCGCUCCUCCAAAUGCGAUACCUCGAUCCGCGUCUCAACUUUCGCAACGUGAGUCCCAAGCGAAGGCAGCCGAUUUUGGGCGAGGAGCACCUGAGGAACUCCCUCUGGAUGCCACACAUAUUCCUCGCCAAUGAGCGCGACUCCAGUAUUUUGGGCCUCACGGAGAAGGACAUCCUCACCUCAAUUUCGCCCGAUGGCACCGUGAUUGUUUCGAAUCGCAUCAAGGCGACACUCUAUUGCUGGCUGAACCUCAAGAAGUUCCCAUUCGACGAGCAGCACUGCUCGACGGUUCUGGAGAGUUGGAUGUACAAUACAUCGGAACUGGUGCUCCACUGGGAGCAGAAGCGUCCGAUCACCUACGAUGGGGCACUGCAUCUCACCGAGUUUGUGCUGCAGCGUUCCUGGUCGAAUGAGACGGUGAUCAAUGCCGAUUUGAGUGACCUGCGCCACGGUGCCUUUGCCGGCAACUACAGCUCCCUCAGCUUCACCGUUCACCUGACGCGAGUGGUCGGCUUCUACCUGAUGGACUACUUUCUGCCCUCCAUGCUGAUUGUGGCCAUAUCCUGGGUAUCGUUUUGGCUGCAGGCGGAUCAGGCGCCGCCACGAAUUACGCUGGGCACCAGCACCCUGCUGACAUUCAUAACCCUGGCCUCGGCACAGGGAAAGACCCUGCCAAAGGUUAGCUACAUCAAGGUGUCGGAGGUGUGGUUCCUGGGCUGCACCAUCUUCAUAUUUGGCAGCAUGGUGGAGUUCGCCUUUGUCAACACGAUUUGGCGCCGAAAGAAGAGUGUGCCCGUCAAGAAACUAAACAGCAAACACAUCCUGAAGUCAACUCUAUCGCCGAAUCUGCUCAGGCGUCGCAGUCACGCCAGAUCCAGAUCGUUUUCGGGCACGGCUCUGCAAAAGGCAGCGGACACCGGUUCCCUGGGCGGUGCUGGUUUCAAUAAUUACCUAACCGUCAAUCUGCCCAUCACCACGAUUAAGGAGGGCCAAGUUCUGAAUCAGCAGAGGACCAGCCGGGGCGUCCAGAAGAUGGAUGUUAACUUUGUGGAGAGUGCCUUUGGAUCCAUGGGCGCAGCUCAGUCCACUGGAGCCAUCAGUGCUGCCAGCAGCAGCCAAACUUUGACCAAUAAUAACCGAACCGAAGGUGUGGACCACCAGGAGGAGAUCGAUCUCAGUGGCUGGACCACGCUAACGCCCCAAGAAAUCGCCAUGUGGAUUGAUAGCCGAGCCAGAUUCGUUUUUCCGCUGUCCUUUCUCGUCUUUAACCUGUUUUUCUGGACAUUUGUCUACUGUAUUUAAAAAAGGGUCCACUUCAUUUUAUUAUUAGAUUACAAAGUAGAGUUAAUAUUGUGAACAGUAUUUAAUUAAAUGUGUUUAUUAUUUGUAUCCAUCGCUUAGCAUAGUAUGGUUAAUUAUUGUAUUUAUGUUUGUUUGCCACUUUGU